UUUUUCCGAGAACAACAAGAAGAUGAAUAUGAAAAACAAGGCGUGGGAGAAAAAGGAAAAGAAGAAGAUGACGAUGACGAUGACGAUGACGAUAACGAUGACGAUGAAGAAGAGAACAAGGUUGGUGACAAGAAAGAGAUUUAAAAAAACAACGAGGAAAUGCAACAAAUUCAAUUUAUCGGUACUUUCGUUGACGGUGCUCGCUUAAUU